AUGGAAUCUCAACAGGCUCGUUCCAUGAUGAUAUGUAAAUCAGCAAAGGAGAUGUGGACACGCCUGACACAUAAAUAUGAACAAGUGGCUUCAGAGAACAAGCACUUCCUUCGACAGAGAUUCUACCAGUACGAGUUCAACAAGGAGCAUGAUAUUUCUGCACUUAUCACCAUGAUCGAGUCGAUGGCCAAUCAAUUGAAUGAUAUGGGGGUGAGUGUUGACGAAAUUGACAUCGUUACUAAAAUUAUUGUCACCCUACCCCCCAGCUACAAGCACAUCGUGUCAGUAUGGGACAACAUGGACGACAGUAAGAAAACGUUGCAGUCUUUAAGAUCACGCCUUUUCAAGGAAGAAGCUCGUAAUAAAGGUUGUCAAGAAGAAGAUGGUGCCAACGCUGCAUUCUUUGGCCAGAAACAAGAGAUGCCAAAUCAACAGUCGACACAACCUGCUGCUGCCCACAUCCCAUCACAGCCACCAGCUCAACAUUCAUCCGGUCGUGGACGAGGAUUCAGGAAAAGAAGAUGCAACUACUGUGGUGGGCCGAACCAUUGGGAAAGCACAUGUUGGACAAAGAAAGAUCACAUGGAAAGAGGAGUCCCUAACGGAUUCCAGCCACUACAAGCUCAGUUUGCACAGUUCAAGCCUCAAAGACAACCCGAUUGGCCUGGAGACUACGCUUUCACAACUCUUCCAGGUGAUAUUCAAUUUGAAGGAAAUUUCAGAGAAAACUGGUACGUGGACUCUGGCUGCACUAUUCAUAUGUCGGAUCAGUUCCAUCUAUUUUCAAACUAUCAAGCGGUUAAGAAUGGAAGUUGGCCAGUCAAAGGAGUUUGA